AUGCCUCUUAAAUUGACGUCACAGCAAUUUACAAGAAGUCGGUUAAAUAGAUUUGGCUUCAGCUUCGGGAUUGAACUCAGUCGCAAUUCCUGCUUCGAACCGAGUAGACAUCCCGUUUUAAAUUCUGUCAAAAUGCUGGGUGGCAGCAUCUUAUGGUUCCGACAUGGCCUUCGUCUCCAUGACAACCCAGCUCUCCGAAAUGCCGUCAAUGAUAGGUCUAUGCCGUUCUUCCCCAUCUUUGUAUUUGAUGGGGAAACUGCUGGUACAAAAGUUGUAGGUUACAAUCGUAUGCGAUAUCUUCUUGAGGCUUUGAACGAUCUGGAUAACCAGUUCCGGCAAUAUGGCGGGCGUCUGCACAUGAUUAAGGGGAAACCGGCAGAUGUCUUCAGGAGGCUUUGGGAAGAGUUUGGAAUCAGCAAAGUUUCCUUCGAGCAAGACUGUGAGCCGAUUUGGAGGGACCGCGACGAGAGUGUUCGCGCCACUUGCAAAGAGGUCGGAGUCGGAUGUUACGAGUUUGUGUCGCACACACUGUGGGACCCAGAUACUGUGAUACGAGUCAACGGGGGUAUUCCGCCACUCACCUAUCAAAUGUUUUUGCAUACAGUGGCUAUAAUCGGAGAUCCUCCAAGGCCUGUAGAUGACGUGGACCUGGGAUUGAUAAAUUUCGGUGUGUUGCCAGACUCGUUCUAUAAGGAAUUUGAAGUUUUCGACAAGGCACCAAAGCCGGAAGAUCUCGGUGUGUUUCUCGAGAACGAAGAUAUUAGAAUGAUUCGCUGGGUUGGCGGUGAACGCGCUGCUCUAGCGCAAAUGGAGCAAAGGCUGGCUGUUGAACACGAGACGUUUUGCAAGGGUUCUUAUCUUCCGACACACGGCAGUCCCGAUUUGCUGGGCCCGCCCAUUUCGUUGAGUCCAGCUCUCCGUUUCGGAUGUCUAUCUGUUAGAAAGUUUUAUUGGUCGCUUCAAGAUCUAUUCCAGCGUGUACAUCAAGGACGUUUAUCAUCCAGUCAAUUUAUCGCCGGUCAACUAAUAUGGCGCGAGUAUUUCUACACGAUGAGUGUGAACAACUCAAGCUAUGCGCAGAUGGAGGGCAACCCUAUAUGUCUCGAUGUGCCUUGGCGGCAACCACAAGCAGAUGAAUUGCAAAGAUGGAAGGAAGGUCGCACUGGCUUUCCAUUCAUUGAUGCAGCGAUGCGUCAACUGCGUACUGAAGGUUGGUUGCAUCACGCAGUGAGAAAUACGGUCGCAUCAUUCCUCACACGUGGUACCCUUUGGCUGUCUUGGGAACAUGGCUUGAAACACUUCCUCAAGUAUUUGCUGGAUGCUGACUGGUCAGUGUGUGCUGGUAACUGGAUGUGGGUGUCAUCUAGUGCAUUUGAGGCCUUACUGGACUCUGGUGAAUGCGCUUGUCCAGUCCGACUGGGACAAAGACUGGAGCCAAGCGGGCAGUAUGUGAGGAGAUAUGUUCCUGAACUGACCAAUAUGCCUGAUAAGUAUAUAUAUGAACCGUGGAAGGCACCUAUGGAAGUACAGCAGCGUGCAGGUUGUGUGCUGGGACGUGAUUACCCGCCACCCAUUGUUGAUCACUUGGAAGCGGCUGUGAGAAACCGAAGCGCUAUGCAGGAACUUCGUCGUAUAUUGGACAAGGCACAGCCCCACUGCUGUCCCUCAUCGGAAGAGGAAAUUCGUCAAUUCAUGUGGCUCCAAGACGUGCCACAGCCCGAUGUUGCCACCUCUUAG